GUUAAGUGGUGUGUUCAAAUUUCAAUGUUUCAAAUAACUAGUUGAAUAUUAUGGCUGAUGAUAACUCUAUGGAAGUAAAACGGGAAGUAAUUCGAAAUUUAAACGUUCAUUAUGGAAGAAGGUUACUGGAUUUACAAGAAUGUUUGAAAUUACUUGAAUGUAAGAAGCAAGAAAAAGCAGAUAUUGAAAACAAGUUGGAUGUGUUGCAUUCUGAUAGUUUCAUUGGAAAUAGUUUGAAAGAUGCCGAAAAAGUUAUCGAAAAUGGAAAAGAUUUAAUAAGUAGAUCAAAAGAAAUCAUCGAACACAUCGAAAAGGAUUUGGAUGAUGUUGAUGAAGUGAGAAAAGAUAUACAUAAAUACUUCGAUAAAAUAAAUAGAUUACAGUGUUUACUACAAUACUUCAGAGUUAUACAACAUAUAGAACAAUUAAGUCGAGAGCUACAAAAAGAAAUUGGAAAAAAAGAUGAUGAAAAGUGUGCAACGUUAUUCGCAAAUUUAACAGAAAUUAAUAGGAAUUUGGUAGAUACGAGAGGAAAACAUUUAUUGGGUUAUUUGAAAGAAACUAUAUACUAUUGGCACAAAAUAUUGAAAGACAAAUUUGCCAAAGAUUUUGAUGAAGUCUUGAAAUUAAUAAAAUGGCCAUUCGUUAGUACAAACUUCUCCCUGGUUGUUCCCCUACCUAACCACAUACAGAGAUUGCAGACGAUUUCCGAGUAUUUAUUGCAAAUCGAAAUACCAAGUGAGUCAAGUGUUCCAGUAGUUACCUCAGCCUUGCUAUCAAACUUUCCACCAUUAUGUCUGCCUCUACAGCUAAUGGUGCUACCUUUGAGAAAACGAUUCAUUUACCAUUUUUAUGGUUCUAGACAAACUAAUAGGAUCGACAAGCCCGAAUGGUAUUUCACACAAAUUCUAACCUGGGUGAGGGACCAUAAAGAUUUCAUCAAUAAAUACAUCCAACCGGUCAUUGAGAAAUUAGGAUUACAUCAUAUCGAUGCGAAGCUAGAAUUCAUCAGGGGCCUAGUCGAAAUAUCAGUGGAGAAAUUAUAUUCCGACUUGCCCAAUUUACAAUUUGAUGACUUCACUUUCUCCCAUUCCAUUGAUGAGGCUCUAUGUUUUGAUAAAGAGUUGAGAGAAACAUAUGACUAUCCAUCGACUCAACCUGGAGUAUUAACUGUACUCACGCGAGGACAGGUGUUCAUGAAGUGGAUUGCUAUGGAGAAAAAAUAUGCUACAGAAAAAAUGGAUGCAAUGCUUCCUCCGAACGCUGUAGAUGCUUUUGAUCCUCUCACGUCUGACGUCGAAGAUUUGAAAAUAACAACUUGUGCAGACGCCUUUAUCACAUUGUUACAAACGAUAAUGGAGAGAUACGAAGCUCUACCCCAACCGGGCCACAGGUUGCAAUUUCUGGAAUUGCAACUCGAACUGUUAGACGAUUUCAGAGUGAGACUGUUGCAAUUGGUAAAUGCUGAAGAAGGAAAUAUUGUAGAAUCUAGGAUUCCGUCGAUAGCUAAUAGUAUUUAUUAUAUAGAAAAUGUCUUGUUGGAUUGGGGUACUAUGCUACACUAUUUGAACUUAUAUUAUUAUAAAAGCCAAUUGGAAAGUGAAAAGCAACCAACUACACAAUUUACUGAUAUCGACGAUGAUCCUCUGUAUGAAAUAGAAACGGACACAGUAUUCGCAGAGACUCUUUCCCUUUAUAGGCAUAUGAGAAAUGAUUUAUUGCAUACUCUAGCAGAAAUUGUGAUUGCCGAAGUUAAGACACGAAGUAAAGCAUAUCGAAGUGAAAGAUGGUCAGCUAUGAAGGCAGAGAAAGAGUUUCGCAGUCUUUCCUUGACUCCAACUGCCUGCCCCAUGUUUGAAACUUUAUCGAAACGUCUACACCAGCUGCAGAAAAGUCUGCAAAGUAAAUUGUUUACUAUCAUUUGGCAUUGUGUGGCUCAACAGAUGGAUACAUACUUGUUCGAAGAUUUGGUCUUGGAUAAUAGAUUCAGUGAAGGGGGAGCACUCCAGUUCAAGUUUGAUAUCACUAGGAAUUUGGUCCCUUUAUUCUCACAGUUCAGUGAGAGGCCUCAUAACUAUUUUUCACAGCUCAUUGAAUCAUGCAAUCUUCUGAACGUCAGUAAAGGUAGUGCCUUAUUGCUAAGAGAGACUAUCAUUGCUCUAGAAGGGGCCACCGGAGUCGAAGAUACUAGAGGCAAAGCACUGAAGGAAAUUGGUGUGGACCAUUUCACUCCAAAAAUGGCUGUUCGGAUUUUGAAUCAAAGAGCUGACAUUACAGUGAAUAGGAUACUAAUUGAUUAAGGC